AGUCAGUCUUCAGCGCAGCUCGAUAGCGAAAGAUGUUUGCCGGGAGCGGCGGUCUCAGUGCCACCGAUCCAUCUAAUCCAAGGUCGCGGGAAUAGGACUGCUCUACUGUGUCGUUUGGCGCCAUGUGCUGCUGGUGUGCACGUGUCUACUGGACGGUUCUGCACAAUCUCCUGGCUCGCAUGAUGGACAGCCUGAUGGAAGUCAGAUCGCCCACCUUCUGUAGCUGCUGCUUCGGUUAUCAGCGGCAGGCCAGUCAGGAAGGUGACGUCGCAGAACGGGUUUCCAGCACCGACGACGAUCCACAACAGCAGCCCCGUGAGGAUUACGUCAUUGUGGACGAUGCCGAUGUCAACUACGCGGAGAUUGAGGAGAGGCAUGUGGAAAAGGAGCAGUACUACUUCACAGUGGAUCGUCCUACGGCGGAGCGAAUGCUCCAUGGACGAGAGGACGGGUCCUGCCUGGUUCGACCUUUCAAGGCAGCCGACCAGUGGAUCCGUUACAUAGUGAGCAUCUGGGCGGCGGAUCAGUACUAUCACCUGUUCAUAAGGCAAGUGGAUAGGAGACAACGCUAUGCCAUUGGUCAGAAGAAGUCUCAGGAGCGCUGCUUCGGAUCCCCCUCGGAAAUCGUGGAGUUCUACACGGAGCAUCCACUUCUCUGCACCAACAAGGUCCGGAGCCAGUGCGUCCAACUCCGUCCCAUCAGUUACGCUUAGCUAGGGGUCAAAUCUUUAUUGCAUAAGAGAGGGCAAGUAUGUACAAAUGGGGUUAGCUUAAGACGAUGCUCAGGUGGCCACCACCGCCUUGAAGGCGCACUGGUUGUUCUGCAUCAGGGCGGGCCAGAGGAAGGCUUUUAUCAGAUCCGAUCGCCGGUCCGCCUGGGGAUGCCGCUCGUGUUUCUCGGGCCUCAGGAAACCUGCAUGGGAUUUACGUAGGUGUAAGAUUGUUAAACGAUUAAAGAGUAGCUUAAAACCCACCCAGGUUGAAGUCCAUGUCCAGGUAGUACGGCGCCUUCUGGUUGAUCAUCCUCCAGGCCAGUCGGACACAGGCACUGACGUAGUGCGUCAACGGGGGGCAGGACUCCAGGCAGGGGUACUCGUGCAGAGUAGAUAGCACCUGGUUGAACACCGACCGCUCGAUCUCGCCCAACGGGAAACUCUCGGCGGUCUCGAAGAGGUGCUGGCGAACGGAUCUGUCCAGGGACAAGGUGGUCUCACUGCUGCUGUCCAAGGGGCAAUUCAGGACUCGCCGAACUUCCAGGACCUUUCGCUCCCGCAUUCCGUGGCACAGGCGGAAGGAGAGCUACACAAGUACCAAUAAGUUAAGAAAAUUAUCAAUUAGAUGACUAUCUAAUUAGACUUACUUAUGAAUGAAUAAAUAGUUUUUCGAAAAUCAU